AUGGAUUUGCUGGAAUUCCUCAAAAAAGAAUCGCUACUGACCGUGAAACCCCUCUCGAUUCUACAAUUGGCUCGAAAAUUCAAACGAAUGAGCGGAUCAUCGACGGAAACCGAACUGAUUGAAACCGAAAUCUAUGGUCAUCAAAGACGAAUCCCGACGUAUUUAGAGAUCGACUGGGUUACGAGAAUUCGAAUGAUGUUCACGUUGGGAUACAUUAUUUAUAAAGAAGAGAUAAAAGAGUGGAAUCUUCAUAAAUAUGGAGAAAUCAAAUUGAAUCAGAGCUCUCGAAUCUUGACAUUUGUGCCAAAAGACAAGAGUUACCGAUUGGAAGGCGAUUUCGAUGAGAUUCUCGCAGAAGAAGAACGAAUGGAUUGUCAUAUUGAAAACGGUCUCAAAUCUGAAGAUGACUUAUUGUUUCUGAAAUUUAUCGCUGAAAAGUCGCUGAAUGUCACCGCCCCGCUGACAAUUAUUAGUUUAUGUGAUGAAUAUAUCAAGGAGUGCGGUGUACCGAAGACAAUAAAUACCCUUCAAGGUUAUAUUCGUCAGAUCCGUUCGGCCAUUCCGCAUACUAUUUAUUUCGAUUUGGAGAGAAAAGUCAAGAUGAUGUUCGCAAUUAGUGCGAGAAUUGAAAAAGAGUUUUUGGCAGAACUCCAAAAGGACGCCUUUGUGGCUCUCGACGACCAACAACAUAUCAUCGAAUACAGAUCAAAUGACAACAGUAUUCACUUGAAAGGUCUUCAUGAUUCUGCUGCGAAAGUGGGGACUCGCGGUGAUGAUUUCAUUGGAGCCUCAACUUCGGCGAAGAAGUCUUUCUCCUACACGCCGCAACAAUGCGAGGAUUUGUUCGAUCAUCUUGCUCAUAGAGCAUUGCAAGCCACAGAACCAUUGAAUGUGAAGAGAUUAAUCAGCAAUUACAAUAAGGACAAGGGAAUUACACAGUCGAAACUUCCGAUGAAUGCGUUCAUCUCUUCACUUUUCGAAACAAUCAAAGCGAAAGACGAUUGGUCACUACAGCAGAGAGUUCAAAUGAUUUUCGUUCUCGGCGUGAAGAUGGAUUCCGAUUAUGUGACCGUACUUGAAAAGAAAGCCGAUGUGGUGACUGAUUAUGAGAUGAGAAUCACAAAAUAUUCUUCGCACAGCGAAAAAUUCCACUUGGAAGGAAUUAAUGAAGAAAAGGAAAAGGAGGUUGAAGUAAAGGCCGAUGAACGAAUGAGAAGAAGUAGAAGAACUAACCCAGUAGUCAGCGAAGACCAGAAGCCAUUCGGAACACCGAGCAAGAAGUUAAAGUUAGAACCGAAGAACGAAGAACCAUCCGAAACACCUCCAGAUGCUCAGGACGACGCUAAUAGAACGCGCAAUGACGUGGCGGAACCCGCAUUGGCAGUCGUUAAAUCCGAGGAGACGAUCCCACUUCUCCACAUUCUUGAAGGCCUGAAAAUGAUGGUGGAGGAGCUGAAUUCUCUGAAUCUUUCAGCAGAUAUCAAAAAGAUUGAUAAGUCGUUGAGGGAUGCCAAAAACAAGGAUGUUAGUAUCCUCGUCUGUCAUCUGGACAUAGCUCUUCAGUCUUGCUUCCUUCUUUCUACUAAACGAUUACACAAUGUUUGGUCCGCCGAGAGUGAGAAGCCGUACGGUGAAUUCGUUCGGAUCUUCAAUAAGACAAUCUCCUCAUGGAAUUCACCGGGACUCGCCGAGCUUCAGACAAUUAUCAAUGGAAAUUUGGCCGAGAAAAAUAAGAAAUUUGUCUCAAUGGGAAGUUUUUCGUCAGGAUUGAAUCAUAUACUCGCUGUUAUAAUUCCAUGA